AUGAGUGAAGCUCCCAAUCCUCCGGAUCUCGUGGCCAGCGGGGAGAAAACUGCUCUGCAGGUGAACACCGACGCUGCCAGUAUUGAAGAUCAAGACUCCAACAAAAAGGCCCAGCAAGUUAUCAUCAUUGUUCUGGCAAUCUACCUGGCCGCGUUUCUGGUAGCCCUCGAUCAGACUAUCAUCGGAGUGGCUAUUCCAAAGAUCACCGACCAAUUCAAGAGUAUUCCCGAUAUUGCCUGGUAUGGCAGCGCUUAUUUCUUGACUUCAACCGCUCUGCAGCCGUCAUAUGGCAGAAUUUAUAAGAUUCUCAAUGUGAAAUGGUCAUUCUUAGCUGCUGUUGGAAUCUUUGAAAUCGGAUCUCUGAUUUGUGGUGUUGCGCCUUCCAGCACAGUCUUGAUCAUCGGUCGCGCAGUGGCAGGAAUCGGAGUUGCAGGGAUCUUUUCGGGCGCUCUGGUGAUCAUCUCCAUGACUGUGCCUCUGCCAAAGAGGCCGCUCGUUUUUGGUGUCUAUGGUGUUGUUUGGGGCGUUUCCUCAAUCGUCGGUCCUCUACUUGGUGGAGCGUUUACUGAUGGUCCGUCUUGGAGAUGGUGCUUCUAUAUCAACCUGCCGGUGGGCGGAGUUUCUAUGGUAGUUGUUCUGCUGGUCCUUCACCUACCGAGCAACAAUCAGGAUAGGAAGCUAUCAUUUUCUAGAUUUGCUCAAGAACUUGACUUGAUCGGUGCGAGCUUGCUCAUUCCGGCUGUCAUAUGCUUGAUUCUCGCAUUACAAUGGGGCGGAAAUGCCUACGCCUGGGGGAGCUCUCAAAUUAUCGGACUUUUUGUUGGGUUCGCUCUGCUUAUUCUUCUUUUUGCCGCGUCCCAGAUCUACAUUAGUUGGCAAGAUGAGAAAAAGGCGGGUAUUAAGAAGAGCACAACCGCAACUUUGCCACCCUCAAUCCUCAAAAAGCGCACCAUCUGGUCUGCUGGACUGUUUGCAUUCUUCUUUAGCGGCGGCUUCUUCCUUCUAGUCUACUAUGUUCCUAUUUACUUCCAGAGCGUCAGAGGAUCAUCUGCAAUGACUGCUGGACUUCAGGUUCUGCCAUUUAUGCUUGCCACCGUGGUUUCAUCUAUCAUGGUUGGCGCUAUGGUGACAGCAGCCGGUUAUUAUACGCCUUUCUUGAUUGGCAGCACUGCUAUUGCUGCUAUCGGAUCGGGUCUGAUCACCUUGUACGAUGUCAAUAUUUCUACGGCGAAAUGGAUCGGCUACCAGAUUGUUGUCGGUGCCGGCAUUGGUGCGGGUCUUCAGAUCCCAAUGACAGCUGUGCAGACGGUACUGAAGCCCGAGGAUAUUCCAGUGGGAACCGCCGCGGUCAUGUUCUUCCAGACCUUGGGGGGCGCCAUCUUCCUUGCAGUGGGUCAGUCGGUGUUCCAGAAUGGCUUGCAAGCAGGUAUCUACGCAUACGCACCCGAAGUCAAUCCGAGUGCCAUCCUCAACGCAGGAGCUACCGAGAUGAGACACGUCUUGGCAACUUUGGGCCAGCUCGAUCAGCUGGAUGGAGUGAUCAAGGCAUACAUGAACGGAUUGCGAGACACUUACCGCGUCAGCCUGGCUUUAAUGCUUGCUGCCUUUGUGACAACUUUGUUUGUGGAGUGGAAGAGUGUCAAGAAAAGCGAUGUGCUGUCGAAUGACGAUACAACUAUCGUCUCUCACGUGAAAAAGCCGCAAUCUACAUAUCCGCUCGGCAGUCAUAGCCGAGUUCUGACGGUCUAG